UUGGAGAUAGAGGAAUGCAAAUCUGCAAUCAUGAUGGAAGGAUUGAAAAAGCGUACCAGGAAGGCCUUCGGGAUACGGAAGAAAGAAAAGGGAGACAAGGACAAUGACUCAACGGGCUCCCCUGACAGAGAAGGGGGUAAGAAAGCCAAUGGUGCGGCUGUCAAUGGAUUCUCUGGAGAGAUCGACUGGGACAGAUAUAACACCCCUACGGUGGACGAUGAAGGUUACAGUCUCAGGCCAGACGAGGAGGAGGGGCCAGGAUCAGCACCCAAGGAACACUUCUUCUCCUCCAGCGAGUCGGAGGGAGAGGAGGACCACCGGAAAAAGUUUAAGAUCAAGAUUAAACCUUUACCAGCGGAAAGUGCCAGCUGUUUGGCCCCCUCAGUAGAUGAACUCAAAGCCUCCAUAGGCAACAUAGCUCUGUCUCCUUCUCCUCUGGGGUUGAUGACAAAGGACUCUGGUGAAGAGAUACAGGUAGCUCGGCCAAGACGUCCUGCACCCAUUGAGGUCCCCACAUUGGCAGCCCCGGCGCUACAAGUCCCCAGAAGUAAGAGAGCCCCAGCAGUACCAGUACCAGAGAAGAAAGCAGUACCAGAGAAGAAAGCCGCACCAGUACCAGAGGACACUGCAGCCUUAUUUGGGCCUCCGCUGGAGACAGCCUUCGGAGAGCAGAAAACUGAAGCGGGUAUAUCUGAGCCAGUGAUGUGUGGCGUGUGGGGUGCUCCUCUACCUGAGUCUGAGUCUGAGUCACUGAGCCCAGACUUCUCUUUCACAAGACCCUUCCCUACAGGCACUCCGCCCCCGCUUCCGCCCAAGAAUGUUCCGACCUCCCCCCCUCUGACUGGCUCCCCCUCUGCAGAUGCUGCCGGUUUGUCAAUAAAGGCAGAAGGCUCAGGGAGGAAGACCUCCGUCCCAAACCUGGACACAAUUUUCGGCCCAGCGGAACCCCCUGCCUUUGGCGAGGAGUCUGCCGACAAGUGGAUCUGCUUCAGCGAGGAGGAAUCCGCAGCCUCUGAAAAACCGCCCCCUCCAACGUCCCCACCCCCUCCAGAAGAUCCCCCCGCCCCUCCUGUACCCACCUCCCCUCUCCCUCUGGAUGACCCUGUCCCUGCCCCCUCUCUCUCCCCUCUCCCCACCUCCCCUCCCCCACAGGAAGAACCUGUCUCUCCAUUACCCACCUCCCCCCCCCCUACAGAGGAACCAGUGCCCCCCCUACCCACAGUCCCACCCACACCUAAAGACCCUACACCCCCACCCUCACCACUUCCACCAAAGGACCCUACACCACCCCCCACUCCCACACCCACUGCUGUCCCCACUCUCGACUUAACCUCCAGCAUCGCCCCUGUUCCCCCUGUCACCUCACCCCCCAGUGUUGCCCCUGUUCCCUCUGCAGUCCCCUCUUCUCCCAAAGCAAGCACACCUGUCUCCCCCACCAGCCCCCCUGCCCCUGUGGAGGCACCCUCACGCACCAUCCCCCCGCCCCUCGUCGCAGAGGAACGGAGGAGUCCUGAAGCAGCAGCUCUGCCUGUCCCACCUGCCCCUCCGAAAGAGGACCUCAGUGAAACCACCACCACCGUGUCACCCAAAGAUGUUGGCCAGGUUUCCCGUGUUGCGCCUCCCCCUCCUCCACCCCCUACAUACAGGGCAGUGGUGUCCUCGCCAGGACCAACGACAGGGGGUACGGGUAGUGGAGCGUCCUCUCCGGCUCGACCUGCUACACCGUCAGCGCCAUCAGCUGUUGUCAGCAGCCCCACCCCGCCCCCACCUCCGCCACGCCCUUCCUCACGACCCAAACUGCCUCCUGGGAAACCUAGCAUGGGGGACGUGAGCCGGCCUUUUAGUCCCCCGGUCAGUCACUCGUCCAGCCCCCCUCCAAUCGCCCCCCUGGCUCGGGCCGAGAGCACUUCCUCUAUCUCCUCCAACAACUCCUUGAGUGCAGCCACCACCCCCACCGUCGGUAAAGAUCUCACUGUCUCUGUGUCAGAGAAUGACCAGCCUUCCCUGGUUUGGUUUGACAGAGGAAAGUUUUAUUUAACCUUUGAAGGCUGCUCCAGGGGACCCAGCCCUCUCACCAUGGGGGCACAGGACACCCUUCCGGUGGCGGCAGCUUUUACUGAAACAGUCAAUGCCUUCUUCAAAGGAGCCGACCCCAACAAGUGUGUUGUGAAGAUCACAGGUGAGAUGGUGCUGUCGUUUCCAGCGGGGAUCACUCGGCACUUUGCCAAUAACCCGUCCCCUGCCGUGCUAACCUUCAGCAUAACCAACUACAGCCGGCUGGAGCAUGUGCUGCCUAACCCCCAGCUACUCUGUUGUGACACCGCCACAACACCCAACCCUGACUGCAAGAACUUCUGGGUGAACAUGCCAAACCUGAUGACCCAUCUAAAGAAGGUGGCUGAGCAGAAACCCCAGGCCACAUACUACAAUGUGGACAUGCUCAAGUACCAGGUAUCAGCGCAGGGCCUCAUUUCGACACCCCUGAACCUGGCGGCCAGUUGGCGGUGUGUGCCCACCAGCACGGACCUCCGAAUAGACUACAAAUACAACGGCAGCGCCAUGACAACACCCGUGGCUCUCAACAACGUCCAGUUCCUGAUCCACGUGGACGGAGGGGUCACCAAGCUACAGGCUGUGCUUCCCCCCGCCGCAUGGAACGCAGAGCAGAAGAGAAUCCUGUGGAAGAUUCCUGAUAUUUCCCAGAAAUCUGAAAAUGGAGGCGUUGGCUCAUUGUUGGCACGGUUCCAGCUGUCGGAGGGUCCCAGUAAGCCCUCUUCCCUGGCGGUCCAGUUCACCAGUGAGGGCAGCACUCUGUCAGGCUGUGAUAUAGAGCUGGCAGGGCCCGGGUACCGCUUCUCACUCGUCAAGAAGAGGUUCGCAGCAGGAAAAUACUUGGCAGACAACUGAUACUCCACUCUACUACUGCACAACACUACUGAACAAAUACACUGAACGUCAUCAUCUCAAUGGACUUCUACUGAGUAAUGGAAACCUACCACACCACCACCUCCCUACAGACAGACAAACACUCCUUUCUAAACCCGCGAGAUAGACAGGCCCAGGCCACACAGCCUACUGUACCCAGCAGUAUUGUAUAACUUGCAUUUAGCGUUGUGGACAGUUUUAAAGGUGUAAUUAUUGUAUUUGUAAAAAUGUAUUCAUUUCAGAACAUCUGUAUUGCUGCAGUUAUAGACACCCAUCCCAGGUUUACCCUCUCUAAAGCUACAUGCCUCUGUCUCCCUCCCCUCUCCAAGAUGUGGUGUUGUUUAACCCUUAACGCAGCUGCCUAGCUAAUCAACCGCAACGCAACCAGAAACCCACGGUUUCAAUGGUGAACGAAACACUAUUUAUUUUUGACGCAUUAACAAAGAUGUUAUGCUAAGAGAGGAUGAGGAUGCAUGAAAAAGAAGACUGCUUGGUUGUGUCAUUGCGUGAACUAUAGAUGAAUAGGCGCACCAUGAUGUGAGAGGUUUCGCUCUCGCCAAAAUCUUUUCGAAAUAAGCCCAGUGUGUUUCUAUGGGCUUUUUUUGGACUUAAGCUUUGUCGCCUGCCUUUGGGACAACGACUCCCAAUGUUAGGGCGGAGACCUGAGCAUCUCGUCAUAAUAUACAGAUCUCUGGCUUAACAGAGGGGCUAGUUCUUCCUCAUGCUGCCUCUCGCAUGCCUGUGAUUGGACACAGUUAGAGCUACCAUAGAAUUCUGGGUAAUGGAGUUUUUAUACGGUUGGCUUUAAAAGUUGAUUUGUUAGCAUGCCCUCUACACAGGCACAACAGGGUCAAAGGACAUUGUUUAUUUUGAUGAUGUAAUUCACCACCACACUCCUCCUCUCCCUUCUUUGAAUGCACUGAUUUAAUACCCGGUUGAAACAUUUACUCUCAUAAUUCUCAUAAGUCCUGAGUAGUUGGGCAGCUGCAACAAUAAGUCAAUUCCUGGUUGCAAUAUAAAACAAAUAUAAGACGUUUCCCUUUAGAAAAACCUGUACAAAGUGUCAUUUUGAAUUGAUAAUAUAUAUAUCUUAAAGGGCGUUUUGGUGUUUUCCGUGUAUUGUCAAAUAGCCUUUGUUGUUCCUGAGACAGCAGUGGCAGACUUACUUCAGAGUACAUUACAGCAUUCUAUUUUUAUUUAUUGAUGAUAAUGAUUUAUUGUAUAAAGUAUGUGAUUCUGUAUAUGAAUAUAAUUUGAUGGUAUCACAAUUUAGAAUCCUUAAAGGUAUACAUAUUUGAAUGAUCUUUUUUGUUAUCUGUGUAGUUGGGUAACCUGUGUACAGUAUAAUGUAUAAGGUAUAAUUUUGGAAUUUAUUUGAGAUAUAAUUUUUUUAACUCAAGUGCAACAGACAAUUUGAGCUAUAUAUGGGCAUUGGGUGGGAGGGGGUAUAAAUGACAAGAAAAAAACAAGAUGAAUAACUACCUGGAUGCGUACGUCAUGCUUUAGGAAAGUUAUAACCAUGGAUCGUCAGUCAGCUUUUGACCAUUUUAGGCCCUAUUUCCAUUCACCGCGAUGUGUUCCUACCUACCUGAAACCCCCUGAAUGGAUAUUAUUCUGCAUCAAACAGCAUGAACACUCCCCUUCAGAUCAAACCAACCAGCGCUUGAAUCCAUGGCUUUAUUUUGCAUAAUGGUAACGGUCUCUGUGAGAUGACAUGGUGACGAGGUUUUUGGAGGGAGGUUAGAUGACCAAAACGCUUUUUGUAUUUAUGCGUGUACUCCAGACAGUCCUCUAUAAGAGUGAGAAAUAAGCUGAAUAUUAUUAAAACUGACAAAAAAAAAUCUUGUUUCGUUUGAAGAGCACUGCUGAUAAUGUUAUAAACUCCCUGAAUGCUCUGAUAUUCAACAUAGAGAACAAAAAUGUGUGUGACGACAUUUAACUUAAGACGUCUCCUCGUGUAGGCAUCGCAAGUAUGUCAAAAAAAUUAUAUCUGUGCUUCAUGAAGCUACAUGGCACCAUUGAUAUGCCUGUCAUAGAAGUGCCAUAGAAGUGUCUUAGAGGGUGUUGCGCUGUGAUUACAUGUUGUCUGAACAUAAAGUAGGCAUUUCUAUGUAAGGCAUUAAUGAAUGGUGUGGUGCGGGCUCUCUGUAUAGCAGUUUAGGAACAAGGGUUCAAGCGAAGUUUUCCGGCAUGGAUAAUAUAAUGUACGUCUACAUACAGUUGCGGUAUAGUCCUGAAGUGAAGUGCUCCACCAACCAACGCUAUGACCUGUUUUGUUAAAUGUGAGAACUGAAGACCAGAGCAGGGAGUGUCUCUGUGUGGCUUGCUAAGCCAGACUGCUUUGGGUUCUGUACUCUUUAUCAAUCACCUGUGCAAGCUGUGUUUGUCCAGACGAUGUGAAGAGGAACUGAUGGGGAAACUUAGUUUGCUUCUUUCCAAAAACCAAUAAAAGUUAUGAGCUGGACACACGUGUACGGAGCUCUCUUUUCUCUUUGCAACUCACAACGGAGGUGUUUUUCACCUCUCGAAUGCAGUUUAUUCGAUGUGUCCUCCACCCAUUUUGAGUUCUGAUGUACGGCACAGCACUUCGAGGUUGGCUGUAAUUACGUCGUCUUUUAAGCCUUCCUGCGAAUAAGCAGCGGUUUAUGAUUGUGCGCUAUGAGGGAUGUCAAACGGAGAUGUUGCUGUCAUAUGAUUAGCCUUGUAGUUUAAUUCAAUGUCCUGUAUAUAUUUCUGUUUGCUUCGUUUAUAUUUCUAUGGAUAUAUUUGUUAUUUCAUCUAUUUGUGUUAUCCAAUGCACAGGAUACUGAAUAUGCAAUUGUUUAAUGUAAUGUACCGUACUAAUGAAAUGUUAUUAACGUAUGCAGGAUGACCUACUCUGCUAUCAAGAUUUUCAA